AUGAUUGCUAAUGUUCUUGAUCCGAGAUACAAGUUGCAAUCGGCAAAAAUAGCUUUGAAUAAGGUUAAGGCAAGUAAUCUAUUAAUUGAGUCGAUAGAAGGGGACUUAAAGAGAAUAUUGAUGAAGAUGUAUGAUCAAUAUAAGGAGGUUGAGAGCAGGGGGCAUGAACACCAUUAUCACUCUGUUGUUGAAGAUUUAGGAGUAGAUGAUGAUGAAUUAGAUGGACUUGAUGAAAUCAGCAAGGAGAUAGCAAAAGAAAGGAUGUCACAGCAAUCACAAUGCAUAAUGAAUGAGGUUGACCAAUACUUAUCUGAUAGGUAUAUCAACAUUCUUGCUAAGAAUUUUGAAAUUCAGAAGUGGUGGAAAGGUAAUGAAUCAACAUAUCCAAUUCUAUCAAAAGCUUCAUUGACACCAAAAACAGUUGAAGCCCUUGUUUGUACAUCUGAUUGGUUACGCGCCUCUCCUGUUAACUUCAGCUUAUACGAAGAUCCAAAUGAGGAUGCCUUGAAGAUUUACUAUGAAUUAGAAGAACUUGAGAAAGAUAAUGUUUACAAUCAAGGGGGUGAGGCAGCUGGGAACGCUACAAGCUAGUAUAUAACAACACAAAUGGUUGAAUGCAGUUGCUUUAUUUUGUAGAUAUUGUGUAUAAAGUAUAAACAAUAACAAAUCCCAUGGCAGUUUUUUGCUUAUUUUGUUUCUGAGUUUGGAAAACUUUAUAACCGUUGGGUAGUUAUUAUAAUGUAAAUCCUUAUAUAUCUUAUCAAGUCUAAAACUCAUC